AUUUGAGGCUUGUAGUUUGGUUGGCUUUCCUUACUGUACAGAUAUUUUCCAAAAGAUCUCACUUCUUCUCAUCAGACCUACUGCUAAAGUACAGCCAUGGAGAGGGAUUUAUUUGUUACCAUGGAGAAGAAAUCUCUGCUGCCCUUCAGACAGGUAGGCUCCAGGACCUAAAUGCUUCCAGACGGAAAGAUGUAUGCAUUAUACUCCAGACCCCAAAAUAAGAGUGGGUUCAAGCCACUGCCUGUUGUGAUCAUAGGGAAUGGUCCUUCAGGAAUCUGUCUCUCAUACUUGCUGUCAGGCUACAUCCCAUAUUUCAAAAGAGACUCUAUUCAUCCUCAUCCCAUUCUUCAGAAGAAACUGAAAGAGGCACAAGAUAUCUCCAUUUUGGACCAGGAUUUGGAGUAUCUGUCUGAAGGCUUGGAGGGACGAUCCCACAGCCCUGUGGCUCUUCUGUUUGAUACUCUUCAGCGUCCAGACACAGACUUUGGUGGAACAGCAGAAUCUGUCCUCACUUGGUGGCAUGAGACUGGCAGAGCCAUCCCCCAUGUGGUCCUUGGCAGAAAUGCUCCUGGAGGUGCCUGGCAUUCUAUCGAGGGCUCUAUGGUUACCCUGAGCAGAGGGGAAUGGAUGGGGCUCCCAGAUCUCCCAUUUAAAGACUGGCUAAAGCAAAAGAAAAGAGGCCUCAGAAAUAAUAGAGCCACAGCAGAAGACAUUGCUCAGUAUUACCAACACUAUGUGGUGAAGAAAGGACUGCAGAAGAAUUUCAGAUGCAAUACUGUUGUGACCUCUGUGCGGAAAGUGAGUGCAGAUAGCAUCUCCAGCUACACACAAGACUGGCAAGAGAAUAGUGAUGACUUGGUCUGGAACUUCAAUGAGAAAAGCACAGAAGUCUUUCAGGUGGAUGGCUUUUUCAAAACUAUGAAAGGUGAUAAAGAACCCUUCUCCAUCUAUGCAGAGAACGUGGUCUUAGCUACAGGAACAUAUGAUAGUCCUACUUGGCUUGGGGUCAAGGGGGAGAACCUUUCCUAUGUCCAUCACCAGCUGUCUGCCCUAGAGGAAGCAGUGAAAAAUAACAGCAUUGGCAUCAUGUCAGAUCCAGUCUUGAUUGUAGGUGCUGGUCUGACAGCUGCUGAUGCAAUUCUCUUUGCUCACCAUUCCAAUAUUCCAAUAAUCCAUGUUUUCCGGAGAAAAGUCAGUGAUCCAGGUCUUAUUUUUAACCAGCUCCCCAAAAUGAUGUACCCUGAAUACCACAAAGUCCAUCAGAUGAUGAAAGAACAGUCAGCUGCUUGUGUAGGGCCCUAUGAAUGUUACGUUAGCCUUCCUGAACAUCAUGUGCUAUCCUUUGGCAAGGACAAGAAAUGUAUUUUUCAAGAUAAGAAUGGCCACCAGAAAGUUUAUAAAAUUUCCAUGGCUCUUGUUUUGACUGGCUCAAACCCCAACCUCUCCUUUCUGCCAAAUAAUGGCGUUGACUUGGCAAUGAACAGCAGCCAAUCAGUCAAUCCAAAGAGGAAUCCCAUAAAUGUUGAUCCUUUCACCUAUGAGUCCACGCAGGAGAAAGGACUUUAUGCUCUAGGACCUUUAGCUGGAGACAACUUUGUACGUUUUGUACAAGGAGGGGCUCUGGCUGUUGCCAGCUCUCUGCUAAAGAAAGCAAACGAAAAUCCUCCCUAACAAACAACAUCCCUAUGCUAAUCGUGUCUGAAUGGGUUACUGCUGUUUUCUUGAAGAAGUAACUAAUCUGAUUUGUAUGUUCUCAAAUGUAAAGCCCACUCCUGGUAUUCUUCAGGGUUCUGCAGAAGGUUACUAAGUUCUUGCUGAGUUAUUUGAGAAAAUUAGGUUGCCAGACAGUGGGUUUCAUGCAUGGUAGUGCCUUCAACCCCUGGGGAUUCAGCUCCUUGCAUGCAUAGCUGUGCAUAAAGGCUGCAGGGGCUUUGGAUCUUGUGCCUGGAAAAGUAGAGGGCAAGACCGUGAUUGCUUUUCUUUGUAACACCUUCCAGAUUACUGACAAUUGAAUUGGGGAACAAUCAAUGUUUAUUAUUUCCAGACAACAAGCUGACAACCCUGUGUGUGUCUGUGUCAUACAGUGUUUUUUCAAUAAAUGAACCAAGCUGUUGUGGUUUUAUUUGCUCCUGUGCCUUGGCUGUAUGGUCUUAUUAGACCAGAAAUGACUGACAGAUUCUUCAGGUACCUCUCUGGCAUAUGGAGUGGUACUCUGCAAAUCAAAACUGACAUCAAAUAGUCAAAGUGUAUCGUCUCACUGACAGCAGCAGCAAGCAAUAUAUAGUAUCUUUUUAAUCAAGAGAUUCUUGUGAUGAUGUUUUCUCCUUCUUGAGAAGAAAUGGUACUGAUUUAUAAAUGCUUUGUUUACCAUCUUGCAGCUUCUACUUUCCAAAUCCUAAAACUGCAAUAGGCAAAUUCUUGGCAGCUGUUGUUGAAGACAGCAGAACUAAAGGGUGCUACUAGUCUGUCUUGUAACCACCCAGGUACUGUAUGGGGCUUCUGCUGCACAGUGUUUCAGAAAGAUGCAAUAUGUUGUAUACUGUGUGAAAUUCUAACAUGAUUUUUUUUAAAUAAUGUUAUUUGUGUAAAGGGGAAAUUGGCACAGUCACUUUUUGAUAGUUUCAUGCUGUAUGUAGCAAACUAGUUUUUAAAAGAUUUUUAUUGGCAAAAUAUUUUGUUACAGGCUUUCAGUUAGCAUUUUGAAUGAGCUUGGGGAGGAGGGAAUGAAGCCUUAUGUUGCAAACAGGAUUUUCAACAGACCAACAGGACCUUCAUACCUCUCACAGGAAAAAAAAAUCUGUCUCAGCUAAUUUUUUUUUUUUACAUAAAGACAGACUUUUCUCCCUGUGCUUCACUGAAACUCACAUGACAGGAUACUUCUGAGCCUCUGGAAAGCUCAGUAUGUGGAGACAGUGGCUGUUUGUAAAUGAAUGGAGCUUCUCUGGGGUGUUGCUGUAUCAUACUUGAGUAUUUUUGCUACUGACUAUUCUUGUAUGAAUUUUUUCAAUAAAGGGAUUCCAGACUUA